AUGGCUCUCCUCCUCUUCUCCUCCAUUCUGCUCUCCAUACUACAAUGCAGCAGUGCUCAGCCCUCCCCUGGCUACUACCUAAGUAGCAGGUUCAAGCCUUUGCCUGGCUUCUACCAUGGAUACAACACUCUGUGGGGGCCCCGGCAUCAAACAGUCUCAGCAGACCAGUCCUCGGUGGCCAUCUGGCUCGACAGGAGCUCAGGCAGCGGAUUCAAGUCGAAUCGCCCAUUUCGAAGCGGCUAUUUUGCGGCAUCGAUCAAGCUCCAACCUGGCGACACUGCAGGAGUGAUCACAGCUUUCUACCUGUCGAACAACCAAGUGCAUCCUGGGUUCCACGACGAGGUGGAUAUCGAGUUCCUGGGGACUACUCCGGGGAGGCCAUACAAGUUGCAGACGAAUGUGUACGUCAAGGGGAGCGGCGACGGCCGGGUCAUCGGGAGGGAGAUGAAGUUCCACCUGUGGUUUGACCCUGCUGCUGACUUCCAUCACUACGCUAUCCUGUGGAACCCAAAUGAGAUCAUAUUCUUCGUCGACGACAUACCGAUACGGCGGUACCCGAGGAGGAGCGACGACACGUUCCCGCUGCGGCCGAUGUGGGUGUACGGGACGAUCUGGGACGCGUCGUCCUGGGCCACCGACAACGGCAAGCACAGGGUGGACUACCGCCACCAGCCGUUCGUCGCCAGGUUCACCAGGUUCGUCGUGCGAGGCUGCUCCGCGUACGCGCCGCCGCGGUGCCGCCCGGUGCCGUCCUCGCCGUCCGGAUUCGGGCUCAGCAAGCAGCAGCUCGCCGCCAUGGCCUGGGCGCAGAGGAACUACAUGGUGUACGACUACUGCAGGGAUGACCGGAGGGACCGUUCCUUGACUCCCGAGUGCUGGGCUUGACGCCGCUGCAAGUAGUCACAUGGGAGUGUUUAGUGUUGGUUUUAGGGGACUGAUGGGGGAGAGGAAAUACCGCCGUUAAAUAAUUCGUGGUUGCUAUUGGUCGCAUGAUGAAGAAAGCCUGUAGAGAGGAUAGAAGAAGAAUAACUCACAGCCUCUCAAACGCGUCGUACUGUAAGCGCGUCGAAGCCGCGUUGCCCAGUGACUGUUCUUUGUUUUAUUCCAUUGUCUUCUGUCUCGUA